AUGAAGUUCGGCUCCUGGUCUUACGAUAGUUUUCAAGUCAACCUCGUAAAUGUGUCAAGGGAACCGAAUACGGAAAAGUUCAUUCGUAACGAGCAGUGGAAUCUGGAGUUCGCCCUCACUCGUCGACACGUUCUAGAAUACGAUUGCUGUCCCCAACAGUAUCCGGAUGUGACGUUCUAUAUAUGCAUUCGCCGGAAGCCUCUAUACUACAUAUACAACCUCAUCACACCGUGUAUCCUACUAUGCGCACUCUCGUUUCUGGGGUUCUGCAUGCCGUACAAUGUAGGGGUCGUCAAAGCUAAUUUGAGUGUCACCCUCAUUCUGUCGUUAACAGUGUUUCUUCUACUAGUGGCACAAAUGAUGCCCCGGACUUCCAUGGAAAUUCCCCUCAUAGGUCAGUACUAUUUAGCAGCAAUGUGUCUGAUAUCGGUGUCAACUGCAAUGAACGUUGCUGUCCUUAACGUCAACGUAUGUAACAGGGAAGUACCAAAAUGGGUUAAAGUGUUCGUCCUAAGAUACCUUGCAACUAUGUGUCUACAUAACUGCGGGCAAGGUUGCCUUUACGAGUUGAAAAAAGUUGACGAUGAAAGAAGCAGCAUGAUGAGAAUGCGACCCUCACCUUUGUUCGGGCGACGGCUCAUACCCCCACAUGAUCAAACAAGUUUGCGCACCACCAGCAGUACUUUCGGUGGCACUACCUCCACUUCCCGGAAGUCAGUCUCGUCUGCAAUGCGUAGUUUUCAAGACGUGACCGACAACGAUACUUUUGAUUGGCGAUUCGCAAAAAUGGAAGGAUGUGUCGAUCAAAUUUUUAAGCAUUUGAAAGCCGCACAGCGGAAGAACGACAAAAAAUCGUACCUACGUGAUGAGUGGUUGAAAGUCGCCGCUGUUCUUGACAGGAGUCUGCUUGUUCUCUUUGGUAUCGCAACCAUCACUACUACCUUGUCCUUGCUUCUUCAGAAACCCGGAGAUGCAACGAAAAUAUGUAUUGACCGAAUCAAUACGGAGUACGAACCCAUCAAUAUUUAA